AUGACGAAGCAAGAGAUCCUCAUGGUUUCGUGGCCAGCCAUCGGGCACGCGCGGCCGAUGCUCGACUUUGGGCUGUCGCUGCUGAGCGACUACCCGAGCGUGGAGCUGACGUUCAUCUGUUCCGAGCAUCAGAUUGCCUCUCUGCGCAAGCUCGACGGACGGGCGGGCACGCACCCGCGUCUGCAUCUGCGCGGCAUCGAGGUCGCCUACCAGACUCCCACCGAGGGCGGGGGCAGCGAGGUGGAGCCCGAGGUGAUCCUAACGAUGCAGGCCGCGCACGCACUCUCGACCCAGUUCCCCGCCCUCUACUCGUCCCUCCCGCACCCACCCUCGCUGGUGAUCUGCAACUGGAUGAUCCAGCGCGUCGCCGAUGUUGUGCGCACCUCGACGCCCCAGACGAAGCUCAUGGCCUUCUUCGACAACGCCGCCACCUUUGUUACGCGCAUGCUCGGCCCCGUCGACAUCGGCGGGUACGGCGGCGUGCAGCAGCUAUGGCUGCGCCAUUGCGAAGAGAACCCGCACGUCGACCGCGAUGACCUCCAGCUCAAGGAGAAGCUUCUUGGCCGUCGAUCCGAGGGCACCUUUCAGAUUCCCGGAUCGGGCAUCGACAGGAUGAACGACCGCGAGAUGUCGCCCCAGGCAAAGGACUAUCUGCUCAAGGUGCCCAUCACGCCGCCGCUCGUCGAGAUCCAGCGCCUGGUGGAGCUGAGCGACGCCAUCCUCAUCAACACGCACGAGAGCGUCGAGGGCAACGUGCUCGCGUACCUGCGCAGCGUCAUCAACAAGGAAAUCUACGCCAUCGGCAGCGUCAUGUUCCGCAGCCUCUUCGAGGUGGGCAAGACGGUCCGUGCCGCCGCCGCCAAGGCCUCGAGCACGAUUGAAGCAAAGAAUGCCGGCAAUGGGGCCGACGCCGACGACGACGACGUGAUGCAGUUCCUGCACAGCCAGCCGCGCGGGUCGGUGCUCUACAUUUCGUUCGGAACCAUGUUCCGGCCCACACCGGCGCAGCUCGUCAAGAUGCUCGAGAUCCUGGUCGAAGAGGCGCCGGACCUCUCGUUUGUCUGGACGCUCGGGAGCGGCAAGGACCUGAUCGCGUCGUGCCCGCCCGACGAGAGGCAGCGGGUGCGCGAUCUGCAGUCGAAGCUGCUGCGCUCCGGGCGCGGCCGGCUGGUCGACUGGGCCGAUCAGCACGCCAUCCUUCAGCACCCCGCGACCGGAUUCUUCCUCAGCCACGGCGGCUGGAACAGCUGCCAGGAGUCGCUGCUGGCGGGCAAGCCGCUGCUCGUCUUUCCCUUUUUCGGCGACCAGCUCUUUGACGCCUACCUGCUCAAGAGCCGCGGCGUCGCGUAUCACAUCCAGUCGAGCCGUUUCGACUCGCCCGAGGCGUUCCUCGAGAGCUACCGGUACGCGCUCGGGCUGUGCGGUGCGGGCAACGAGGACGGAGAGAGGCUCAAGCGCAACGCCGAGGCGAUGCUGGAGCGCAUCCUGCACGAGAGGGACGAGGUGGUGCGCGAGAGCGAAAAGAGGCAGCAGGCGGUCUGGAGGAGCCUGUUUGUCGAUGCGGGCGAGGAGAGGGUGAUGGAGGCCGUCGGCGGCGAGCGCUCCAUCAAGGCGUGA